AGGUUUACUGCCACAUGGCUGACAACAACCAAGACUGGACUCUUAUCGCUCGAUUCUCAAACAGCGAUGGCAAGAAUUGGAUGCGCGACGAUGGGAGAUGGUGGUAUGACCAGCCAACUGCUACUGGAACAACAAAUAACCCAUCCAUAAACAACGAUAUGAUCUCACCAGCAUUUUGGUUGGUCAGCGGUAGAGAAAUAAAGAUCACGCGCAGUGAUGACGCCAGCCACACUCCUCUGUUACAGACCACGGGUAACUGUUCGGGUGGACAAACAUUUCGAUCUAAAAUCACAAGUUAUGGCGACUUUAGAAAUGGCAAAGUUUGGGCCUAUGAGAAGUGUCUUGGACAAUGUACCGUUAAAUAUGGAGGACAGUACAAUUCAACAGAUGGGUUUGAACAGGCUAGUUGCAAUGGAAACAUCCAGAGCGCCAACAAGAUCGGCUUCUGGUGUCACUCGGGUAGUGGUGAUGGAUCAGUGAUGAUGAUUGGUGGAGGAGGAAGUAGCUGUGCACGUGCAGAUCAUGGGAUUGGAAUCACAGAAGCUAACAAUGCCUCUUUUAAAGACAACAAAUGCAGUGAACAAGACUUUGGUUAUGGUCAUGGUCAUGGUCAUAAGUUCUCAACCAAUCUAUCCCAGCUCUACUCGUUGAACCUAUGGAUCCGUUAAACGUAAUUAGAGCAUCACUUUUCAAUUAGAGCUGACUGAAGAACUUUGUAAAGGAUGAUGUUAUUCAUUUAAUGUCACAUUGUUAUCCAAGUUAGAUGAACAUUUUAAUAUGGUCAAUAAUGCCGCAUCUUUUUCCACUCACAGCAAAGAUAAAAUAAUUUGACCAUCACCCCAACAACAAUGCUAAGAUCCUUAAACAUCGUUAGAUUUGCACUGGCAAAAGAUUAAUCGCCAUUAGUAUUUUUCUGCGAAAAUCAAAUUCAGUAGAAUUAAUUUAAGUCAGACUCACAACUCAUCGAUCUUUCAAGGAAAUGUGAAGUAUUCAUUGAUGAUUCUUCACUAAUGUCAGAUACAAAAUAUGAAAGAUGUGUUAAAUGUUUCAACCGAAUAUUUCAUCAAUAAAUUUCUGAUGCUACGUCGAGCACUCCAUGUUUUAUGAAAUUGGCAUAAAUGAAGUAAAACGAUAAAUAAAUAGAUGAAUAAAAAGCUUUGAAACAAGGAAAAAGCCUGAGAGUCCUUGAUGUAUGGUAUCCAUUGAACAGUUAAAAAGGUUAUGUAUAAUCUAAUUAAAACCGUACCAACGAGAAAACCGGA